AUGAGUGAUCCAGUUGAUAAUAAAGCAAAUAAUUUAAAUGAAUUACGUGCUGAUGUUGCUGAAACAACAAAUGUUUUGAAAGUAACUGUUGAUAAAUUAGUUGAUCGGGGAGAUAGAUUAGAUGCAUUAAAUGCACGAGCUGAAGAUUUAAAUACAUCAUCUUAUCAUUUUCAUGGUUCGGCUAGACGUAUACAACGAAGUAUGAAAUGGCGCAAUUAUAAAAUUACUAUUUUUAUUAUUGUUAUUGUCCUCGUUAUAAUUGGUAUAAUUGUAUUAGUUGCACUUCAUCCAUGGAAAAAAUAA